UUAUUUCGUUUUAAAGGUGGCUUUAUGAUGGCGAUGAUAACAACAGCGAAGCGAUAUAAAGUUUUUGUUAAAGUAGUAGGUAUAUAGAUGGAAUGAACUGAGCUAAAUAAUAUAUGUAUAUAUAUUUUUUUGCGUUGAUGAAAUACUUGGACUACAUUCUGUAAUGUCCCUGGUUAGUAAUAUGACUUUUUAACAGUGUUAAUUUAGUUUUGGGCGAUGUUAAAAGUUGUGUUGAAUGAAAGGAAUUUUCUGUUGGUCAGUUGAAUUCAAAGCAGUAAUGGAUGGUUACUCUGACAUGAUACAAUAGAUGCUGAUUAUCUGCUCCUCCAGAAUUACUUCAUUGAUGGAAGAAUAGUUCAACUGAACUAUUUAAUGCAAAAUGCUUUUAGUGUUGCAUUUGAAAAUUUUGAAGUAGUGCUAUGUUGUAAAAUCACUCUUGUGAGAAAGUUAAAUUAUAAACACUUAGUGGUUUGAGAACGCCAUAUCAACCACCACCAUGGUAACAAGAACAAAUCCGGAAGUGAAACCAGACUACAAUGAGUCCAAAAUUGAUGAAGCUGGUACUUUUUUUUCUUUGUCAUGCCAUAAUUUCAAAAUGGGCUUAUUUUCAUCACAACCCAAACAUGUUGUAAUUACGUCCACAGGUAUAAAUAUUGUACUGCAAGAAACUAGUGAAACAUUCCUAAUUGGAAUAUCUGAUAUCAGUGAAAUUUUGUAUUACUUUGGCCCUCCAUAUUCUGUAAUUUUCAUAUACUGUCAGCCAUCAUUUAGUGAUAAAGUGCAGCUUGUGUUGCAGCUGUUACAGGCUGUUGAAGAUCCUAGGAUAGACAGUGUAACUGAAGAAAUAGAACUAGUGACACUUACUCUGUAUGAAAUUGAUCAUGAGUCGAAAAUUAUGUUUAAAAACGUUUUUUCUUCUGUGACUUGUAAGGAAUUAAAAUGGCCUGAAGCCAAUAAGUUACACUUAAAACCUAAUCAGAUAGAACACAAGGAUGAUGUUUCUUCAACCAAAAAGUCUGGUUCAAGGCAUAGUCAGCUUCGUAAGAUCGAAAGAGAGGCUGCUCGUUUGAAGACCCCUGGAACACUCAAAACUAUUCUUGUCUACCCUCCACCUCCAGCACCUGGUGGGAUUGCUAUAAAUACGGGAGACUAUGCUUGUUUAGAAAUUGAUCAGUUUCUGAAUGACAUUAUUAUAGACUUUUACUUAAAUUACCUGAUGAUUUCUGUUCUGAGUGAAUAUGAUCAGUCACGAACGUUUAUUUUCAGCACUUUUUUCUACAAGAGGUUAACUUCUCCGACAUCAUAUGCAUUUGAAAGUGACCCAAGCUUGUCUCCUGCUGAAAAGAGACACAGACGUGUGAAAAGUUGGACAAAAAAUGUUAAUUUAUUUGAGAAAGAUUUCAUUGUAAUUCCAAUAAAUAAAGACUUGCAUUGGUUCCUAGCCAUUGUAUGCUUUCCAGGACUUACAGGAUGUGUAAAAAUGUCAGACAAUUCGCCAGUGGAAAAUGUCAGGAGACCUGCUUCAUCACGCGUGUCCAUGAAAGGGGACACCAUCACAAUACACGAUGAUGAGCAGUCGCCAGUACAGGAUGAGGCGGAGAGUGAAGACGAAGACAUCAUAGAUGAGCUGUUUGCCGACGAAACUGAAUCUGCUAUUCUACCAGAUGAUGGAGACCAAAGAGAGGUAAAGUGUGAACCUUCUGAUGCCGAGGAAAAACUUAAAGAGGCAAGAGAGCCAAUAAAGCAACCUUGCAUACUUUUAUUCGACUCUCUGCUGGGUGAAAACAGAAGACGUGUAAUAGCGACACUGCGAGAGUACCUUGCUGUGGAGUACAAAGUGAAAAUGGGCAAGGAGCGAGAGUUUACCAAAGAUACAAUUGUUGGAAGUUGCCCUAAAGUUCCCCAGCAACACAAUUUCACUGAUUGUGGAUUGUAUCUUCUGCAGUAUGCAGAAAGUUUUUUCAGUUCUCCGAUCACUGAUUACCGCAUCCCGAUACAGACUCUGGAUGACUGGUUCCCAGAAGAGAUUGUUAAUCAUAAACGUCAAGAUAUUUGCAUGAUACUGCACAAACUCAUGAAAGAAAAUAACGUGGACUUUGAUGAGUUGGAUCUGCCGCAAUUGCUGUUCUACGAAAGUCCAGCGGUAAACGAAAUGUUGGAUGAAGACACUAAUGGAAGCGAAGAUGGAAAACAUGAAUCAGAAUGUGAAGAUGGUUUUGAAAAUGAUUCUGAUUUUGAUGUCGGAGAACUAUAUGAAUCUGAAAUGUUGAAAAGGAAGCUAGAUGAAGAUGAACUGAGCGAUGAUGAUGGUAUGAGUGUUUUGAGUGAAGAUGCCUUUUGUGAAGAUGAUCUGUGUGGAAACGAACAGCUCGUGGAAGAAGGCGAAAUACUGGAAGAGGGAGAAGUUCACUUGCCGGACUUCGAAGAAUGUGACAUGCCGGAGGACGGUGAAGUUUGUGAUGAUGAUUUAGAGGAGGAUGCUUAUUUUGAGGAUGGAGAGUUGUGUGUAGGCAUCGGAACGCACGAAGAGGAAGAAUUUGAGGGUGAGAAUCUACAAGAUGAUGUAUUUAAUGGUGGAGAAUUUGAGAACAGUGAAGAGGGCGGUGACAGCAGACAGUUUCCUGGUGGUAGUAAUUUUCACGAUGAAUUUGAUGAAGAUGACAUUGAUGACGACGAUGAGCUAGAUGAUUUUGAUGAAAUACCUGAUGAUUUGCUGAAUAGAAGUGGAAGUGUGUUUAAUAAAAAUAAUGGCAUGGUGCAGUGGAAAUAUGUGAAAAGGCCCAGUAGUAUCAUUCCAAGCCAGUGUGUGACUUCCAGUAGUAACAGCACUCCAGUACUUGGGAGUAACCAUUUACCUAAAUCCUGGACUUCUACAAAAAAGAAAAGAAGUAAUCCCAGUGCGACAUCCAGUGUUUUUUAUCGGUUCUCACACAGAGAAAGUUUUCAAGGAUUGGAGACACCACAAAAGAAAGUAAAAAAGAAGUAAAUUAAGGUUCACAUACUGUUUUAUUUGUGUUCUCAGUAUGAAGUUUAUGCUACAUUUUAAGUGAACAUUUCUUUUGUUAUGAAAACUGAUUGUUACUAUACAGAGAAAAAAAAUUGUCUUUAUACAUAUACCCCUAAAGACAUUUCAAAAUGAAAAUUUUAUUUUGUAGUUUCUUUCUAUAUGUUUAAAUACAGUAAAGGUAAAAAAAAUUUAAAGUAAAUAAUCAUCUAUUUGUUGAUUUUAUUAUUUAUUGUUUUUGAUGUUUGAAGAACUUCACUUCUAUGAUGAAUUUGUAUUACGAUUAUUAUUUUUAGAAUUGGGGUAGUUUCUUGAAAAUGUGUAGUAGGUAUGCAUUUGCAGUUUGUACAUUUUACAAGGAACUUGUUUGAAUGUGACACCUCUUAAUAUUUGAACCAACAUCGAUGUAAAGUAUAAUUAAUUGUAAAUACACACUGUAAGCUUCUCUGUUGAGGUGUGUUGAAUGUUUGCGUCAUUUAUAAUAAGCACCAUUUAUUGUAUUUAUUUGGUUGUGUUAGCAUACUUAACUAAUUGGAUUUGUGUGCAAAAACCAACAUUUUUAAACUUAUUUUACUAUUGUUACCUCUGGAAAAUUGCAUUAAGAAAUAUUGACUUCUUCUUCCUGGCUGUUGCGAUUGGGAAAAUGUUGUUAGCACUCUAGUUUCAUCAAACUUCUUUACGACUGUGGGGUAAUAAUUUAAGGUGAUCGAAAAAUGUACGUGUGUAUUCUUAAAAUCAAAAAAAAUGAUUGCCUACUUUACAUAGUUUAAGACCUUGUAAUGGUGUGAACUUGAAGUUACUGUACACUUCUGUUUUUUUUUUUUUUUACAUGAACUGUUAUCUUAUUUACUGAAUAGUGUACAGUAACUAGGAAUAUUAUGAUGUGCCCUCAAUUUCUGUCUCUUGGGCGAGGCUGUGUGGUCUUGUGAUUAUAAAAAAGUGUGUGAGGAUGAGAAUGCCUAGUAAAAUCAUAGGACGUGUGUGUAAAACAGAAUAAAAGCCAGUACAAUUAAAAUCCUGAUGAUGCUGCUGAA